AUGCGUUUCCUGCACACAAUCACGCCGGCGCUUGCGCUGCUCACAGCCGGAGUUGCCAAUGCAGCUUCGUUGUGGGGGUUUGACGACGCGACCGUCUCCCUCGUCUCCAGGACCAAGGAAGCACAGUUGAAGGAGCCAUUCGGUGUGGAAGCUCCCCUCGAUAAAUUGGUCAGGCUUGGUCCCAAGGACACGAUCAAGGUCGUCCUGACGGCGAAAGAGGGCAAGACGGCCAAGCGACCGCACCAGGCCUUCCUGGUGGUCAAGGAAACGGAGUCUGGCCUCGAAGCCCCUUUCCCGUUGAAACUGAAAGAGAAUGGCAAGGGUGUUGUUGAGAUUGCCCAGAAGGACCUUCCCGUCCAACUCUUCCUCGCCGACGCGCCUUUGAGUGCCAGCGUUGUCAUCGGUUCUUUUGGCUCUGCCGCUCCCGUCGACGCCCACGUCUUCGACAUCGAUGUCGACCGCGACCCCAACGAUCUCACGGCGAAGACCUACAAACCACCCCUCCGAUACGGAAAGCUCCCUAUCCAAGGCUACAAGUUCAACGAUCCGCCCAAGAGCCCGCAGAAGGUUAUGAGCCUGUUCUUCACGCUUGCGGUGCUGGCUACCGCUCCGGCGCUGAUCUACGGCUGGCACAUGUUCGGCGCCAACCUCAACCACGCCCCCAAGGCUUUCAGCGCGGCCCCUAUUUCGCACGCCGUCUUCUUCGGCUCCAUCGUCGCCAUGGAGGGCGUGUUCUUCACUUACUACGCCGGCUGGAAGUUGCUCACUGUCCUUCCCAUGAUUGCCGCCGUGGCCGUCGUGGCCUUUGUGUCCGGCAGCAAGGCUCUGGGUGAGGUGCAGAGCCGGCGUCUUGCCGGCGAGAGGUAA